AAAACAAACAGAUGAAUAAAAAACCCCCAAAAUUCAAGCAAAACAUAAAUAAAACCCAUAAACAAAAUAAAAAAAAAACUCCUCAGUGCACGUUAACAAAAUAUGUCACUGGUAUGGCGCAUGUUAGCAGUCUGCGAAGGAAGAUGCUUUCCUCAUCCACCGUCUCCCUCCAACUCUUCCACUUUCUCUCUCCUCUUUCUCCCCUUAUCCUGCGCCCUCCAGCAUUACACAGUAGAAGAAGAGAAACACCAAACUCACACUUUCUUUUUCCUCUUUUUCCUACUUCUUCUCGAAUUCUAGGGUUUACACUUAUUUCUCAAUUUCCCCCUUUUUUUCUCUCUAAAUUUCUCGAUUUUCCUUCAAUGGCUGCUCUAUGAUUUCUCCUACUUCUUCAGUUACCUCGAGAGUUUUCAAUAUGGACCGUAAUUCACAGUCCUUGUUCGCUAAUCUCUUUAACCUUGAGUCUUUGGUGAACUUUCGAGUGCCGCAUCCAGAUGAUGAUUCUGAUUACUAUGGGAGUAGCAGUCAGGAUGAAAGUAGAGGUAGUCAAGGGGGAGUGAUAGGUGGCCAUAGUAAUGGAAUUGUGACUGAGAGGGAUGCAAAGAAAAGGAAGAGGAAUAGGAACAGUGAUGAUGAGCUAGAAAAUGGUUACUACAAGACUCCUAUUACGGAGGAGCGCUAUCGUUCCAUGUUAGGUGAGCACCUCCAAAAGUAUAAGAGGAGGCCCAAAGAUUCUUCUCUGAGCCCAGCACCUGCACGAAUUCCUGUCCCUAUGCCAAAAAGUAGUGCGACUGUGCCCGUGGCUCCCAAAACUCGGAAAUUUGUUAAUGAGCCCCGAGGUGGGUUACGUGAGUUGGAGAAAACUCCAGACUAUUUGAAUCACUCGUUUCCUCAGAAUUUGGGAAACCAUUAUGACGCCGACUAUGCGCUUAGAUACGCCAAUGACAGGAUGACUCAGGAAUCUGUAUAUUUGGAUAUUGGGGAGGGUAUAGCUUACCAAAUUCCUCCAACUUAUGACAAGCUGGCAGCAACUCUGAACUUACCAAGCUUUUCAGAUAUUAGAGUGGAGGAGUAUUAUUUAAAGAGUACCUUGGAUUUGGGUUCCUUAGCUUCAAUGAUGGCAGCUGACAGGAGGUUUGGUUACAGAGGUAUUGCUGGCAUGGGGGAGGCACUGCCCCAAUAUGACUCACUUCAAGCAAAACUGAAGUCUUUGACUCCGAGUGACCAGGUUCAGAAGUUCGAUUUGAAAGUGACAGAAGAAGGGUUGUACUCGAUCCCUGAGGGGGCAGCUGGAAGGAUACAAAGGUCAAUAAUGUCAUCAGAUGGAGGUCAAAUGCAUGUCCACUACGUGAAGGUGUUGGAGAAAGGAGAUACAUAUGAGAUUAUCGAAAAGAGUCUACCCAAAAUGCAAAAGGCGAAGAAGGAUCCUUCUGCUAUUGAAAGGGAGGAAAAGGAGAAGAUUGGAAAAGUUUGGAUCAAUAUUGCUCGGAGAGAUCUACCGAAGCAUCAUCGAAUUUUCACUAACAACCACCGCAAACAGUUGAUGGAAGCGAAAAGAUUUGCAGAAACCUGUCAAAGAGAAGUAAAAAUGAAAAUUAGUAGAUCACUCAGAUUGAUGAGGGCUGCUCCAAUUAGAUCAAGGAGACUUACCAGAGACAUGGUGGUGUAUUGGAAAAGAUGGGAAAAGGAGAUGGCAGAAGUGAAGAAGAAGGAAGAAAAAGAAGCCGCAGAAGCUUUGAAGCGGGAACGCGAGCUUGAAGAAGCAAGAAGACAGAAGAAAAGGCUCGAUUUUCUUUUGUCACAAACAGAACUGUAUAGUCAUUUCAUGCAAAAUAAGCCAGAUGCACGCCCGUCUGAGGCUUUACCUGGCGAUGAAAAUAUCAGUAGUGAAGAAAUUGAAGACGUAAAGGAGGGAGAAGAAGAUAUAGAGGAUGCUGAAUUAAAGAAAGAAGCUCUUAAGGCUGCUCAAGAUGCUGUUUCUAAGCAGAAAAAGCUGACUAGUGCCUUUGAUGAUGAAUGUAUGAAGUUGCGGCAAUCAGUUGAUAGUGAAGUUCUAGAUGAAGACGCGUCAGCACCUGGAUCUAGCAAUAUUGAUCUACUUCAUCCAUCAACUAUGCCGGUUACUUCAACAGUACAGACACCAGAAUUAUUUAAAGGUUCCUUGAAAGAAUAUCAGCUGAAAGGCCUCCAAUGGCUUGUUAAUUGCUAUGAACAGGGUCUAAAUGGUAUCCUGGCUGAUGAGAUGGGAUUGGGGAAGACUAUACAGGCCAUGGCUUUCUUGGCUCAUUUGGCUGAGGGUAAAAAUAUUUGGGGCCCCUUUCUGGUUGUUGCCCCAGCUUCAGUUUUGAAUAACUGGGCUGAUGAAAUUAGUAGAUUUUGCCCUGAUCUGAAAACGCUUCCAUACUGGGGUGGACUUCAAGAACGACAGGUUCUUAGGAAAAAUAUUAAUCCGAAACGACUUUAUCGUAGGGAUGCUGGAUUUCAUAUACUUAUCACAAGCUACCAAUUAUUGGUUACUGAUGAGAAGUACUUGAAGCGUGUCAGAUGGCAGUACAUGGUACUAGAUGAGGCUCAGGCAAUUAAAAGCUCAAGCAGUAUAAGAUGGAAGACUCUUCUUACUUUUAACUGUCGAAAUCGUUUGCUUCUGACGGGUACGCCUAUCCAAAAUAACAUGGCAGAGUUAUGGGCUCUUCUACAUUUCAUCAUGCCCACUCUUUUUGACAGCCAUGAUCAAUUUAAUGAGUGGUUCUCUAAAGGGAUAGAGAGUCAUGCAGAGCAUGGAGGUACAUUGAAUGAACACCAGCUAAAUAGAUUGCAUGCAGUACUGAAACCUUUUAUGUUGCGCCGGGUCAAGAAAGAUGUGGUGACUGAGUUGACUGGAAAGACAGAGAUUACUGUGCACUGCAAAUUGAGUUCCCGACAACAAGCUUUCUAUCAAGCAAUAAAGAAUAAGAUAUCACUGGCUGAGUUAUUUGAUAACAGUCGUGGGCUUAAUGAAAAAAAGAUUCUUAAUUUGAUGAAUAUUGUGAUCCAGUUGAGGAAGGUCUGCAAUCAUCCAGAGUUGUUUGAAAGGAAUGAGGGUAGCUCAUACCUUUACUUCGGAGACAUCCCAAAUUCUCUUCAGCCUCCUCCUUUUGGGGAACUGGAGGAUGUACCUUAUGCUGGUGGUCGGAAUUCUAUAACAUACCAGAUACCUAAAUUAGUCUAUGAAGAUGUUCUUCGGGGUUCUCGCACACAUUGUUCUGCUGUCAGGCGUGGUCUCAGUAGAGGAUCUUUUGAGAAAUACUUCAAUAUAUUUACUCCAAGCUCUAUAUAUCGAUCCAUAAUAAACCAAGAAAGUACAACUCAAGCAAUAUCUGUUGGAAGUGGAACAUUUGCUUUUACCCAUCUAAUGGACUUGUCACCUGCAGAAGUCACAUUCUUGGCUAAUAGCUCUUUCUUGGAGAGACUGAUGUUUUCCGUGAUGACACAAGAUAGGCAGUACUUGGAUGAGAUUGUAAACUUGAUGGAGGUCGAAGAUGGUGAUCUGCAAAUUGAAAGAGGAAAAGUAAGAGCUGUCACAAGAAUGUUGCUAACACCAAGUAAAUCAGGCUGCAAGUUUCUGAGAAGAAAGCUUGCAACUGGUCCAAAGGAUUCUCCAUAUGAGGCACUGGUGGUUUCUCAUGAGGACAGACUCUUGUCAAACAUUACACUUCUUCAUUCAAUGUAUACUUACAUCCCCCAAAGUAGAGCACCACCGAUCUGCGCUCACUGUCCGGAUAGAAAUUUCUAUUAUCAAAUGCUUGAAGAGCUACAUAACCCCUGGAUCAAGAGACUUUUUGUUGGGUUUGCUCGCACUUCCGACUUUAGUGGACCUAGAAGGCCAGAUGGACCCCCUAAUCCUUUAAUUCAAGAGAUUGAUUCUGAGCUACCUGUUUUACAACCAGCUCUUCAGCUGACAUACAGGAUAUUUGGUUCAUGCCCGCCGAUGCAGAGUUUUGAUCCAUCAAAGUUGCUUACUGAUUCUGGGAAGCUACAGACACUUGAUAUAUUAUUGAAACGCUUAAGAGCCGAGAAUCAUCGUGUUCUGCUGUUUGCACAAAUGACGAAAAUGCUUAAUAUACUUGAGGAUUAUAUGAAUUACCGAAAAUACAAGUAUCUUAGACUUGAUGGAUCAUCGACCAUCAUGGACCGACGAGACAUGGUUCGAGACUUCCAACAUAGGAAUGAUAUAUUUGUAUUCCUGCUGAGUACAAGGGCAGGUGGACUGGGUAUCAAUCUAACUGCUGCGGAUACUGUGAUAUUCUAUGAAAGUGACUGGAAUCCAACCUUGGAUUUGCAGGCAAUGGAUAGAGCUCAUCGCUUGGGUCAGACAAAAGAUGUUACCGUCUACCGUUUGAUUUGCAAAGAGACAGUCGAAGAGAAGAUUUUACAGAGAGCGAGUCAAAAAAGUACCGUACAGCAGCUUGUAAUGACUGGGGGCCAUGUACAAGGUGACUUGUUGGCGCCAGAAGAUGUUGUCUCAUUACUUAUUGAUGAUGCCCAGUUGGAGCAGAAAUUGAAAGAAAUUCCAUUACAGGUCAAAGAUAAACUAAAGAAAAAGCGUGUGAACAAAGGCAUACGUAUAGAUGCAGAAGGAGAUGCAUCUUUGGAAGAUCUUGACAAGGUUGCAAAUGAAGCUGCCGAGAUAGAACCCUCUCCUGACCCAGAGAAGCCGAAGUCUAACCAUAAAAAGAGAAAAACUGGUGAUAAAUCGAAGCAAAAGGCGGCAAAAGCCUCCAACACAGAAAUAACUGAUGCUGGCUUAAUGCCGGGAAAUGAGUUUGAUGGCUAUGUUAACAACCCGGACCAACAACAAAGACCCAAGAGGCCAAAGAGAGAAAGACCGACUAAGAGUGUGAAUGAGAACAUCGAACCUGCAUUCACUGCUUCUCCUGCUGUGGUCCCAAUACAGCCGCAAAACCUACCUUUCAUUGAUCAGAGUUCAGGAGCUUUUGCGCCAUUGUCAGAGGAAAAUCUUGUCCCUCAUCAGAGUGGUCUGUAGCUGGAUUUCUCCAUUGUUUCUUCAGUCCGCUUUGGGAGAAGUAGAUAGUUUUUACCAAGCCGGGUUUCUUGCUUCCGUUUUUGCUAAUCCCAUACGUUGGAAUCUGGGAAGCAAAGCAUGCCCUGUUGUAAGUUUUGUACAGGUUCUUCAAAUUCUAGUGCCAUUUUCAACUGGCAGUUAUAGUCGUAGCGAGCAGUGUAUAUAAGCAACAUCAAUCCCACAAGAAAUCCCACAAGAAAUAUAAGCAAAGUAUUGCCUUUAAUGUAUAUAACCAUUCAUUCAGUAUGUACAUUAGAAUAUAGUUUUAUCAGCUGGGUUUUACAACGCCAAAUGUUUCAUGAUAUUCUAGCAUGCUUCUUUUAUUGUUGCUA